AUGUUCAGGUGUGGGUGUUCAGGUGUUGAUGUGGAUGUUCAGGUGUGGGUGUUCAGGUGUGGGUGUUCAGGUGUGGGUGUUCAGGCGUGGAUGUUCAGGUGUGGAUGUUCAGGUGUGGAUGUUCAGGUGUGGAUGUUCAGGUGUGGAUGUUCAGGUGUGGAUGUUCAGGGUGUGGAUGUUCAGGUGUGGAUGUUCAGGUGUGGAUGUUCAGGCGUGGAUGUGGAUGUUCAGGUGUGGAUGUUCAGGUGUGGAUGUUCAGGUGUGGGUGUGGAUGUUCAGGUGUGGAUGUUCAGGCGUGGAUGUUGAUGUUCAGGUGUGGAUGUUCAGGUGUGGAUGUUCAGGUGUGGGUGUGGGUGUUCAGGCGUGGAUGUUCAGGUGUGGGUGUGGAUGUUCAGGUGUGGGUGUUCAGGCGUGGAUGUUCAGGUGUGGAUGUUGGAGGUCACAGCUGCAGUUAAAACCCAAAGGGAUCACAUGUUCAGCUCGUCUGCGUUUUGA